UGUUGUUGUAAGCUGUCGCCGAAGUCUGUUGGUGCGGUUGUGUUUCGAUGUGUUCGUGAUGUGCCUCGCUGGAUAGCGCACCCGUCGUAGCGUGGUAGUUGUUUGUAACUUAAAUAAAACCACCGUGGGCAUUAUCGCUAUGUGUGUGUGUCGCUGUGAAUGACCGUGGUGGAAAAACUGUGUUUUGUGACAACGUGCGAACAUGCCAUCAGGAGGCAGUGACUUGAGAGCUCACGAUGUCGUCUAAAAGCGAACUAAAGAAACUAAGCGAAGAGAGCCUGACCCGGCAACCAGAGGAGGUCUUCGACAUCAUCUGUAAGCUCGGCGAGGGCAGCUAUGGCAGCGUCUACAAGGCGUUACACAAAGAGUCAGGACAGGUGCUUGCCAUCAAGCAAGUACCUGUGGACACAGAUCUGCAAGAAAUCAUCAAGGAAAUUUCCAUUAUGCAACAAUGCGACAGUCCCUAUGUGGUGAAGUAUUACGGCUCUUACUUUAAAGGGUCUGACUUAUGGAUUGUUAUGGAAUACUGUGGUGGAGGAUCGGUAUCGGACAUCAUGAGGUUACGCAAGAAGACGCUCACCGAAGAUGAAAUAGCGACCAUCCUGUCCGACACGUUGCGCGGCUUGGAGUACUUGCACCAGCGGCGGAAGAUUCACCGAGACAUCAAGGCAGGCAAUAUUUUGCUCAACACAGAAGGACAUGCCAAGCUGGCUGACUUUGGCGUUGCUGGCCAGCUCACUGACACCAUGGCCAAGCGCAACACUGUGAUUGGCACACCGUUCUGGAUGGCACCAGAAGUUAUCCAGGAGAUUGGCUAUGACUGUGUGGCCGACAUCUGGAGUCUGGGCAUCACGGCUUUGGAGAUGGCCGAGGGAAAGCCCCCCUACGGAGACAUUCACCCAAUGAGGGCCAUCUUCAUGAUUCCCACCAAGCCUCCUCCAUCAUUUCGGGAUCCAGACCGGUGGUCACCGGAAUUCAUCGAUUUCGUCUCGCGGUGCUUGGUCAAAAACCCGGAGGAAAGGGCCACAGCAUCGGACCUCCUUCAGCACAUCUUCAUCAGCAACGCGAAACCCGUGGCAAUCCUCCAGCAGAUGAUUGUCGAGGCCAGAGACAUCCAGGAGGACGAGGCAUUCCGCAAGGACAGGAGAGGCAGCACGGGUGAUGCGUUCCUUGACGACGACGAGGUAGAUGCUGGCACGAUGGUAAAGCUCGACGCUGAUCCAGGAACCUUGGUUCCCGACAGAGGGGCUGGUGGUGAUGCCCCAAUAAGCAGUGACCUAGAGUCUGACCUCGGCACGCUGAUCAUCAACAGUGAUGGCGAGGAGGACGACUCUACGAUGAAACGGCACGACACAUCAACUGGAGAACGCAAGGAGAGCUACAGGCCGUACUUCCUGGACCAUUUCGACAAGAAGGAGCGGGAACAGCAGGGAGGCAGUGGAGGCAACUCCAAGGCAUCACCCCGGCACGACGGCACUCCGCACCCAAACUAUUUCCCUCAGGACCUCUCCAAAGCACUGGCAGCCACUGCACCACAGGGCCUGACUCGGCCGGCAACGAGUCAUGCGAGCACUGCCUACGCACACCAGGAAAUGCCCGUGUCCCAGGAACACUUCGCGCAGCAGCUUCAGCGGCAGCUGAACCAAAUGAACUCGCCGUUGCCUGUCAGCGUGGCAUCUCAAGCAGAGCUCCUGCUGCAACAGCAGCAGCAGCAGCAACAACAGCAACAGCAGCAGCAGAAACUCCUCCAGGCGCAACAGCAACACCAGCAGCAGCUGCAGCAACUUCAGCAGCUACAGCGCAUGCAGCAGCAACUGCAACAAGGACAGUUGCAGCCUCUGCUGCGCAACCAGAUUCAGCAACCGCCGCAGCAGCAGUUGUCCACAGCCCAGUCGCCCUCUCACAUGGACCUGGUGCAGGUGCCCAGGUUCCAGCAGCGCGGCUUCAUGGAGGGCGACUUCGACUAUCUCAAGUACCUCAGCUACGAGGAACUCGGCCACCGCAUGUCCAGCCUCGACUCGGAGAUGGAACGGGAAAUCGAAGACCUUCGCCGCCGCUACCACGCCAAGCGGCAGCCCAUCUUAGACGCCAUGGACGCGAAGAAAAAGCGACAACAAAACUUUUAAAACUCGGAGACAGUCUUGGAAGUGGACGUCUUGUGCUUGCCUUGGACACUGCCUUGGAACCGAAGAUGAAGUGGUUCGAGCCUUGUCUUUUACAAAGUAUCUCAUCCUAGGGAGGAGCUUGAAAGUAGCAAGUGUGUUUCGGUAACACCUUGUAUCCUCAUUAUGUAUCAAACUUAAACCGGCGCGUCGUGAGCACCUCGCGCUCAUUUUUAUCGUGGCAGUGCUCUCGGAUUCUCGCUCGAAGACUUUUUGCUGUGUUGAGUGAAGAAAUCCAAAACUGAUAAGACUUUACUCACCUGAGCACUCUCGCCCUUUUUUUUUACCUACUAGCAUAAGCUAGCAGGUGGCUAAAGGAAGGUAUUUCAGCAGUUAUCUGUUUCUGUUCCUUUAGUCAUACUUCCAUUGUUUUUACUUUCAUUAUCUGGCACUCCUCUCUCGCGCUUUAGAACUUCAGUGGCAUUUUUUUCACCUUAGAACAUUCUAGUCCAGGUUCCUGAAGGCAUUUUCAGAAUAAGACUGUACUGCAGUUUUGCAGGUAGCCUGAACGCUGCACCUUUGACUGUGGUGUGCAUGGUCACUGGAUGGAUUGUGCUACGAAAAGGAGGUUAGAAGUUGAAAUGUAUCUUACUUAGCUGUUUGUGUACUAACGAAAGCUCAUAUGAUGUGGGGAAGAAAGAGAGAUACAAAGCCCAUUACGCUGUAAAUUGUGGAAGGAAAGUUAACGACAUAAGUGCUGGUAACUAAAUCCUGUGUUAGUUGAGCGCUAGUUUUCUAACAGUAUUGGACUGCUCGAAAAGGUGAUUUGUUCUUUCUUUUUCUUUCUCAGUUCAUGCGAUGAAGUCAUUAGCAAGUACUCAGCAUCUGUAACUAACUGCGGAUGCAGCAUUACAGAUGCUACGUAACUGCUUCCGUAACACGGAGUCUGUAGCUACAGCUACGUUACGUAUGCUACACACUUGCUAAUGAACUGCAUACGUAGCAUCCAUAAUGGCACUGCAUAUGUAAAAACGCUGCGUUUCACAUAUUGUGUAUGAGCAGAAGUUAUGUGCAGAUGCUCUAUGUGAAACGUAGCCUUCUUACGCCGAUACGGACGUAACGUAUGUAGUACUAAAACUCGCUAGUAUGUUCAGAGUGAUUCUUUACAAGCAUUACAAUUCGCAGCAAUGUAUAGCCUAGAAUGAACGCAUGCCCGAGGUUAUGUGCAUUUGGACUGGCUUUGAGCAACCAAGACUUUUACCCUUUACGUGUCAUACAUUUAGGUUUUUUUUUAUAUGUUGAUCAUUAUACAAAUCGUUCUUAUAUUGCCUUUACUUCGAUAAUACAUUUUUAGCUAUGUUUUGGGCAUUUAUUCCGCGAAAAACGCAUGUUGUACGCUUUUGCGAAACCUCUCCUAUCUUCGUUUUGUUAUCUCUUGAUUUGGGCUUUUGAACAUUCUGUCUCUGUUGCCAUGAGGUCCUUCGUGACCAACUGUACCUUUAACUCACUUUCACAGGUGUGCCUAGUCGUGAUACUACGUACUUUUUUUUAGAAAUGUUUCAUCAUGCCACAAAUGGAACUGCUUUUUUAUAUUUUGUGUCCCAUGCUUUAGAUGUGACUUCCUUUUUUUAGGACAGCCGUAGAUUAUGAAACCUUGUACAUAUGCAGAUUUAUAGACGAGCUGCUAAGGAAACCUGGAAGUGCCUUGUCUUUGGUAUGUAUUAACAGUGAUAGAUCGUGUCGAGAGUAGAUCGUAGCUGUAAUCUUUGUACUUUUGGCAGGCAUUGCCGAUAACAACAAAAAGAAAGGAUGAUUUUCUAGUGUUUUUGUAGUGCACUUGGAACAAACACGACCAUCUGACUUCUGA